CUCCAAAUGCCCUAUAAAUACCCCUGUACUUACGCACCUUGCUGCAUCACCAUUUCACUUCACAACACUUCUCAGUUUAGAGCUCAUCAGCACAACGUCCAAGCUUCUUUUAGGCAAGAUGAACAGGAAGCCAGGAGACUGGGACUGCAGGGCAUGCCAGCACCUCAACUUCAGCCGCCGGGACCUAUGCCAGCGCUGCGGCGAGCCUCGUGGCGCCGCUGACCGUGGCAGCGUUGGUGGUGGGCUUGGUGGUGGUGCUCUUGGUGGUGACUACGCCAACUUCGGUGCCCGUGGCGGCGGAGGUUCCUCCUUUGGCGCCGGCUUCGGUGCUGGCUCUGAUGUCCGCCCGGGCGACUGGUACUGCACCUGUGGCGCGCACAACUUCGCCAGCCGCUCUAGCUGCUUCAAGUGUACUGCCUUCAAGGAGGAAGCUGCCAUCAACGGUGGCGCUGGUGGCUUUGAUGGUGACAUGUCACGCUCAAGGGGCUUUGGCUUUGGCGCCGGCGGCAUGGGUGGUGGCAUGAGUGGCGGCAUGGGUGGUGGCAUGGGUGCCGGCGCUGCUGGUGGUCGUUCCAGCCGCCCUGGCUGGAAGUCUGGCGACUGGAUUUGCACCAGGUCUGGAUGCAACGAGCACAACUUUGCCAGCAGGCUGGAGUGCUUCAGGUGCAACGGCCCGCGGGACUCCGGUAGCGCCACGCCAUUCGAAAACUUCUUGCACUGAGGUGUAGGGAGCUGGCCCAAGACGGCGGCGAGCAGAAGCAGCAAGAAGGAGAGUGUCCGUUUCAUGUAGUCCAUCCACAUAAGAAGACGAAGAAGAAAGUAGAAUGAUGCAAAAGAAAUCCGCCUCGAGAGUGUUUUGUCUCUUCCCGUUUUAGAUUUGGUUAUCAUUCCCAUUUGGGACAGUCCGUCCGUAUGAUGAUGACCUAUGUCGUUUCCCGUUUUAUUUCCGUUAUUAUUAUGUUUGUCAGUUCGAGUUAUGUAACCCAAACGCUUGCGUGAGAAGUAUUAUUAACUAGUACUGUUACUUAUUA